CUGUUUCAUAGUUUGGACAUUACCCUUCUGUGAACAAGGUUUUGACUGACAGAUGAAGAUAACAUAUCCCAUGAUGUGGUCCCGGGUGCAUGCCGUACACCGUACAUCCGGUUACUAGUCUUCAAUGGAGGGACACACGUUGUUUGUCCAGCUACUAUGCACUAUCUGCUUUGCUAUUAACGCGAGAUGCACUGUUCAGCAACAGCUUACUACAGGAAUGGAGUGCUCAGUGAAGAACCAGAAACUCUGUCCCGUUAACCCAAAAACAGAUCAAGAGACAGACAGGGUGCAGCAUUGUCAAUGUUUCUUCACCAUCAAUGUGUGUCUGACCUCAGAUCAUAGCGUCACAUUCUCCUACGUACCGCCACAGGCGAAAUACGGAAUCGUUGAGGGCGACGUUUUCUUAAAUAAAUAUGUUGGCCAAAACAAUGACAAAAGUGACCAUUUUACCAUCUCUCUUUCAUCCAAGAAACCAUGCAGGUUUAAAGAUGUAGUGCCAGGAGAAUAUAAUAUAUUGAUGCGUCCAAUAGAACCUGAAGACUUUGACUACUAUACCAACGAUAUAUGUGACUGCGUCAGCACAAAUUUCGCAAGCGACAAAUUUGUAUUGAAAGCCAAUAACACGAAUUUACUGGCGAUUUAUCCGAACAACAAUAUCACUGUAAGUACGAGCUAUACUAGAAGUGAUGAGGUGACCACGACUAAACCUACAGAUACAUUAUGGGACAAUGACAAUACUUCCGGUGAAGCAGAGUCAACAUCCGGUGUCAUAACAGCGUAUCAUGCAACCUCGGGAGUAACAGGAGCACAUUUCGCCAAUAAUAACAGCGGUCUCGACACAACUUUCACCGAUAAACAGACACACACAGGACACAAUGGAUUGACUACAACCCAAGUAAUUAUCAUCAUAACUGUAAUAUCGUCGUCCUUGGUGUUAGUCCCACUGUCCGUAAUGCUGAUCGUCCGGAACAGAUAUCAUUAUUGCUGCUCUCCUCACGAGGUCGCUGUUAUAAAACACAAUCAAGAUGAUGCUAAGCAGAGAGAAGAACACGAGAAAGGGGAAGGUACCAACAAGGCAGAAAUGUGCGACUCUGGUAUUAAUGACUGGGAAACAGACGGAUUUCUACAGUCUGACGUUGCAACGUUACGGGAAAGGUGUGGCCCUACCUUUGUAGAAAAUGGACAAGAUCCAGCAAUACCCUUUGAAAUCUAUGAAUACACGAAAAGCGGCAAACGUUGUCAGGACCCGUCUAUCUACCCAGCAGUCACUAUCCUGUCCGGGACGCUCGAAUCGACAAACUAUGUACAUCCUUUAUUCGAAGAUAUAGUCCGCGAUUCAGGCCAUCAUGGGUGUUCUUGGGUUCCAAGUUCUGAUAGUUCUGCUAAUCUAGAUUUAUCACGAAAUGUCUAUAUGAACCAAAACAACAAACAGACAUCAGACACAACACCGUCCAUACAAAAUCAGGCCAAAUAUGAAAGUGUUAUCAAUACAAACAGACUUUUAUCUCAAAGGGACGAGAAAUAUCUAAGACAUGUAUCCCCAAAGAAUCAGGUUUCUGUGAGAAAGGGGCGUGAUAAUAUUUCUCAAAUUUUACAUAACCAAUUAGAGUUCAUUCCCCCUGACUCCAUACAAAGUGAGUGUUAUGACAUCACAAGUCGAACAAUAGAGCAAGGUAUGUUAGAGAUCAACGGAAAUUAUUUUCGGAACAUUUCGUCCAUUUUCAUAGACGGUUCCCACGACACCAGUAUUUACACCGGAAAUAAUUGUGUACCAACCUCUUGUCAUGACCAAAACAUGGAAGUGGAUAUGGCUCAAGACUCGAGUGAUAUCAGUAUCAGUGGAAUAAGCUUAUAAUGUAUGCUGCGUAAUAGUAUUUGGUAAUAUUCAUUAUUUAUUUUUACAAUUUGAUAGAGUAGUUAUGCUUUAUUUAGUUAUUUUGAACAGUUUUUGACCAGCAAAUUCAGUGUUGACAACAUUGAAAUUGAUGACGUCACAAUAGAUAUUGAUGGCUUUACAAUAGCAAAUGUUGUUAUAGUCUCAUAACAACAUUUGCCUUCACAAUGCAUUACAAUGGAGAGCAAAUUUAAAUAUAAAGUUAUGCAAACCUAAUUAAAUGUUUGUUCACAUUAAUGUUUUGUCAACGAUAAUAACAUUAUAAUCUGUCAUGAGAUUGUAGUUUUGAUUAUGUUUAAAGUGCUUUCGUUAAUUAUUACAGAUACAUCAACAACUAAAUAAAACAUUUCGUUGCAUCAAAGAUUCAAUAUUUCCUCGAUAUUUACAAAUGUAAUUUUAAAAGUUUGGUUGUUACACUCACGCCACAGCUCGAAAUUCAUCGUCUCAAAUGAAGUAUUACAACAAGGGAGAUAAUCAUGCCAUCACAGUGAAUUAGUUCUCUAACGAAUCUCCAAUCCCCAUCAAUUUGUAUUUGUUAUUUUAUGAGAUAUUUGUUUGUGAUUAAAUAUUCCUUAUGCUCAGACUUCAAAACAGGCUUUAAUCUGGUACGUUAAACAUUCAAAUACUUCAAUCUUCUCCUAUGACCAGAUGUCCUGUCAAUAUCACAGUGAAUUAUAAAAUAUUUAAUUCGUCUUGUUAGGAAAUAUGAUUUCCCGGGGAAAAUAAUGAAAUGAUAUCACCAUUCCUUCAAUUGUGAAGAAGAAAGUUCAAGGUUGUGUCAAUACAUUUUCUUAUUAAUCGUUUUUUGUUGUUGUUAUUUUUGCAUUUCCCUUGGUUGUAAAACGUUUUGUCAAUUUUCCCAGUGUAUAAGUACUUGAAUUCCCGUCAAUAGCAGCACAGAAAUAACAUUUGAAAAAAGUGUGCCAGAAUGAUAAAAAAAAAGUAUCGUAAUUAGCGUGAUGCUUCCUCAAGCUAAAAUAGUUUGGAAAACUUUCGUGUUUCACACUACUUCUCUGGUCGGUUUUGGAAGCUUAAAAGCGUCAAAUAUUGGUAAACCUAUAUCAUAGAGUUAUAUGUCGACGUGCAAGUAAAUCCUUCACCACCUGCUCAAAAUAAAUCUUUUAUCCACGAAUUAAAAUCGGAAAGCUCUUGUCAAGCUUACACUCCAUCGAAAUGCUAUUUUAAAGCGUUUCAGAGCGUAAUGAAAAUGUGCGGUACAUCAUACUCUACGUAUUUGUUUAUUGUUUAUUUCAUACCGAGAAAAAUAAUUAAAACCGAAAAGCCC